UUACAGACGCAGGAUCUUUAAAAAAAAAAUCAACCUGAACACUUCAAAAGCCAUAAAUAUUCCCAAACACCAGCCAGCAUCAAAAUUAACAAGCCUCUUAAGACUUUAUACAGACACUGAGUGAAUCUGGGAUAAUAAAGUCACUUGAACCUCAUUUAAAUUAACACGGUCGACGCUGUUGAAACAAAUUUAUGGGAUGUUCUUCGGCGAGUUAAAGUUCCUUUAUGCAUAAAUACAUGAAACAUUUCCAAAAAAAGAGUUCCUUUCUGCAUAAAUAGUGUCUGCACAAACACAGAAGAGGAAAAGCACAGUCCGCUACAGGAGAGAAACUAGCGCUAGAUUGUUGGCAUCUUGACGACACGGAAACUGCAGAAAGUGAUCAAAAAAUAUAGAAAAGGGAAAAUGAACAGAGAACAUCGGAAAAGCAUCAAUGAUAUCUAUGAAAAUUACUUUGUUACAGAAGGUAAAUUUGGAGAAAGGACCACGGACAGUCACACAAAGAAAAUCCAGUCAUCUGAACUCACAGGAGGUGAUGGUGUGAAGAUCAGCAGCUCCAGAGCAGCUGUGGUGUGUUUGGUGCUGCUGUGUGUUCUUCUGCUGACCGCAGUCAUAGUGCUGUGUGUCACCUUCACUCAAGAGAGACAACAGAUAUUAACUAAGAUCACCAACCUCACAGAAGAGAGAGACCAGCUACUAACUAAGAUCACCAACCUCACAGAAGAGAGAGACCAGCUACUAACCAACAAUAUGACCCUCACAGAAGAGAGAGACCAGCUACUAACUAAGAUCACCAACCUCACAGAAGAGAGAGACCAGCUACUAACCAACAAUACGAACCUCACAGAAGAGAGAGACCAGCUACUAACCAACUAUACGAACCUCACAGAAGAGAGAGACCAGCUACUAACCAACAAUACGAACCUCACAGAAGAGAGAGACCAGCUACUAACCAACAAUACGAACCUCACAGAAGAGAGAGACCAGCUACUAACCAACAAUACGAACCUCACAGAAGAGAGAGACCAGCUACUAACUAAGAUCACCAACCUCACAGAAGCGAGAGACCAGCUACUAACUAAGAUCACCAACCUCACAGAAGAGAGAGACCAGCUACUAACUAAGAUCACCAACCUCACAGAGAGAGACCAGCUACUAACUAAGAUCACCAACCUCACAGAAGAGAGAGACCAGCUACUAACUAAGAUCACCAACCUCACAGAAGAGAGAGACCAGCUACUAACUAAGAUCACCAACCUCACAGAUGAGAGAGACCAGCUACUAACUAAGAUCACCAACCUCACAGAUGAGAGAGACCAGCUACUAACUAAGAUCACCAACCUCACAGAUGAGAGAGACCAGCUACUAACUAAGAUCACCAACCUCACAGAAGAGAGACCAGCUACUAACUAA